UAUUAUACAGCAAUUUAUUACAAUAUAUAAAAAAAAAAAACAUUUUUCAUUAGGGUUUCAAAUUAAAGAUUUCAUGGAGUUUGGAAGUGUAAAUGAGUUUCUUGAAAACAAGACCAUUUUGGUCACUGGUGCAACUGGAUAUUUAGCUAAGAUUUUUGUGGAGAAGAUAUUGAGAGUUCAACCAAAUGUGAAGAAACUAUAUCUUCUUUUAAGAGCUAGAGAUGCCAAUUCUGCCAUGGAACGCUUCAAUAAUGAGGUAAUAGGAAAGGAAUUGUUCAAAGUAUUGAGGGAGACACAUGGUGCAAAUCUACAUUCUUUUGCAUCAGAAAAAAUGACUCCAAUUCCUGGUGACAUUUCUUGUGAAGAUUUGGGAAUUAAAGAUUCAAAUUUGAAGGAUGAAAUGCUAAAAGAAAUCGAUGUGGUUAUUAAUUUUGCUGCCACAACCAACUUUGAUGAAAGAUAUGAUGUUGCAUUGGGAAUUAAUACAUUGGGAGCUUUGCAUGUCUUGAAUUUUGCAAAGAAAUGUCUAAAUAUCAAGAUGCUAGUUCAUGUAUCUACUGCUUAUGUAUGUGGAGAAGAUACAGGAAUUAUAUUAGAGAAGCCUUAUUUAAUGGGUAGAGCCAAGAAAGGAAUUAUGGAAUUAAAUAUUGAAGAAGAAAAAAAAUUAGUGCAAGAAAAAAUAGGCCAACUUAAAUCAGAAAAUGCUUCAGAGAAAGAAAUUACGGAGACUCUCAAGGAGUUUGGCAUUCAAAGGGCAAAGUUGUUUGGGUGGCCAAACACAUACGUAUUUACAAAGGCAAUGGGAGAGAUGCAAUUAGUUCAUUACAAACAGAAUUUACCACUACUUAUUAUACGUCCAACGAUGAUUACUAGCACCCGCAAACAACCAUUUCCCGGCUGGAUUGAAGGCCUCCGAACCGUUGAUAGUGUCAUUGGGGGCUAUGCCAAAGGGAGAGUCACCUGUUUUGUUGCUGGUCCCAACUCAAUUCUUGAUGUGAUACCAGCAGAUAUGGUGGUGAAUGGCAUUCUUGUGGCAAUGAUGAGUCGCGAGAAACAAAUUUCAGAAGAAAUAAUAUAUCAAAUUGGAUCUUCAAUGAGAAACCCUUUAAAAUUUUCAAAUAUUCAUGAUUUUAUUUACCGUUAUUUCACGGCAAAUCCAUUGAUCAACAAGUAUGGAAAUCCUGUCAAGAUUAUGAGUAAGGGCAUUCUUUUAGGCUCCAUGGCCAGCUUCCGUCUCUACAUGGCCCUUCGUUUUCAGCUUCCGUUAAAGGUAUUACAACUUGCAAACACUGUGGUGUUGAAGAAAUAUCAGGAGGAAUAUAUUGUUCUUGAUAAGAAAUUGAAAUUGGUGAUGAAAUUGGUAGAACUUUAUAAACCAUAUGUAUUAUUUGAGGGCAUCUUCGACGAUACAAAUACCGAGAAGUUGAGAAUGGCGUCGAGAUCAGAGGCCAUCGUUGAAGAGGAAGAUGAAUUCGACUUCGAUCCGACAUACAUUGAUUGGGAUGAUUAUAUGAUGAAUAUUCAUAUUCCUGGUCUUGUUAAGCAUGUGAUCAAAUGAUUUGGAAAACUAAGGAAGACUAAUAUGUUGGAGUUAUUGUUUAUCAUUUGAUUUAAUUGUAUUAGGAUCUAUUUGAUCUUCUAUGCUUAUUAUUCUUAUUUUGUUA